ACAUUUCAUGACUAAUCUUUUGUCCAAAUAGCAAGAGAGAGAAAAGUAGCCAAGUCAUGGUAUCACUAACCUAACCAGCCAAUUCUCGAAUCAAACCUACAUACGCGUCAAAUCUUCCAUUGUAACAAAGACAACGUCAAUGAUCAACAUCAGCAAAGAAAUUGUUGUAAGACUUUGUGGGUAAUGUUAUACCCUUUAGCACAAUCAAGAAAAUCUAAGUGAGAGAUGAAGAACAGAAACAGGGGCAAAGUUUCACCCGAAUGGAUUGUGAUUCUAUGCAUUUUCAGCUUCGCCCUUGGCACGUUUUUAAGCAACAGAAUAUGGGUUGUUCCCGAAUCGGAGGAUCAGAUCAUGCCCAUAGGACGACGACCAGAAAUUUUGGCUGCUAAUUCCGGUGACUGUGCGACAGAAAAGGAUAAGGAGGAACUGAUUGGAGAGUUUAGCAAAGCGCAUGAAGCAAUCGAUUGUGUAAUUCCUUGGAGGCAUGUUAGAUCAUUGGACUCUUCGAUUGCUAAACUGCGUAUGGAGUUGCCUUCAACAAAGAAUUCUCGCAAAAUCGGGAAGUUUGAAAACUUUAGUACAAUUUUGCAUCCGGGCAGUAAUGAGACGAGGAAAAAGACAUUCAUGGUUAUUGGUAUAAACACAGCAUUUAGUAGCAGGAAGAGGCGUGAUUCAGUUAGAGAAACCUGGAUGCCUCAAGGUAAAAGUUUACUUCAACUUGAAGAAGAAAAGGGGAUUGUUGUUCGUUUCAUGAUCGGCCACAGUGCAACAUCCAACAGCAUUCUCGAUCGAGCAAUUGACUCGGAGGACUCUCAGCAUAAAGACUUUCUUAGGCUUGAACAUAUUGAAGGAUAUCAUGAGUUAUCAGCAAAGACAAAAGCAUUCUUUUCUACUGCAGUUGAAAAAUGGGACGCUGAGUUUUACGUCAAGGUGGAUGAUGAUGUUCAUGUAAAUUUGGGCACGUUAGCUGCAACUCUUGCUCGUUACCGCUCGAAGCCUAGAAUAUAUAUUGGAUGUAUGAAAUCGGGGCCAGUUCUUCAUCAAAAGAACGUUAAAUACCAUGAACCCGAGUAUUGGAAAUUUGGAGAGGAGGGAAAUAAAUACUUUCGACAUGCAUCUGGGCAGAUCUAUGCUAUCUCAAAGGAUCUGGCAAAAUACAUCUCCAUCAACCAGCCUAUUCUGCAUAAAUUUGCUAAUGAAGAUGUAUCACUUGGAGCAUGGUUUAUCGGUCUUGAAGUUGAGCAUAUUGAUGAUCGCAACAUGUGCUGUGGAACUCCACCUCAAUGUGAAUGGAAAGCACAAGCAGGUAAUGUUUGCGUUGCAUCAUUCGACUGGACCUGCAGUGGAAUUUGUAAAUCUGUGGAAAGAAUGAAGGAUGUUCAUGCCAAGUGUGGUGAAGAUGCUGCCACUCUUUGGAAUGCUCUUAUUUAGCAUUACCGGCUAACUAUAGAAGGGAGGUCGAUCCAAACGUUACAGAAUUAUCAUCUGUCUUCUUUUUUCCGUUAUAACUAUUAGCAAAAUACACGGAGAAAUUGUAGGAGCAGCUCGAUGCAUUGCACUGCAGAUCUAUCUAUAGACAGAAAUUUUCAUUAGAUUUUGAAUUUUGGUCUGUUAUAAUGAAUUCUCAUAUCAAGUUCACAAUUUCUUUCUUCA